AUGCCUACUGUAAUGGAUCAAGUGAAGAAGAAGGCCAAGGUCAUUCGGACCGCAGAUGAGAGCGAGACCUUUGAGGCCAACGUGACCAUCCACGUAGAUGGCCUGGUCGGUUCUGCUACCAUAUCUCCAAGUGGUCGCGAUGUCGCUCUUGCAUCACCGGAAGGCCUUGCCAUUAUCGAUUUGGACUCGCCUUACAACCCGCCUCGCAGGCUGAGCAGUCAUGGCUCCCCGUGGCUGGUGGUCGACGUUCAAUGGUCGCCAUUUGCUGCGCGCGACUAUUGGGUGGCCUCAACGGCUAAUCAUCGUUGUCUCAUCUGGAAUCUCAACCUCCGAGAAGAUGCGGCGAAUGGUGCCAUCGAACACUCUUUGCAGGGCCACAGCAGAGCCAUUACUGAUGUCAACUUCUCUGCGCACCACCCUGACAUCCUUGCCACAUGCGCUGUAGAUGGAUACGUUCACACCUGGGAUCUCAGGAAACCAAGAAAGCCUGCGCUGACGUUCUGUGAUUGGUAUGCUGGAGCCACACAAGUUAAGUACAAUCGUCAAGAUUCAAACAUUCUUGCUUCGUCCCACGAUCGGUGGCUGCACAUAUGGGACGAGAGAAAGACAUCGAAGCCUCUGAAAUCUAUCAAUGCUCAUGCAUCCAAGAUUUACGGUCUGGACUGGAAUCGGACACGUGAUAGCAGUGUCGCCACAUGCUCUUUGGACAAAACUAUCAAGCUCUGGGACUACAAGGUUUCUGAUGAUCCGGAGCGAGUUAUGAGGACAGACUUCCCGGUUUGGCGCGCUCGACAUACUCCUUUUGGAUCAGGACUUCUGGCCAUGCCACAGAACGAUCCCGGCAACCUCUAUCUUUACAACAGGGAGCGUCAAGAAAACGAAAAUGCUGAUUCUGCAGUUGAUCCUGUCGCUGUCUUCCCAGGCCAUGGAAGUUGCAAGGUCAAAGAGUUCCUCUGGCGGGUUCGUGGAGGGAUUCAUGAUGGAGUGGAUCAACGCGACUUCCAAUUGGUCUCCUGGGGCGAGGACAACGAACUGCGUCUUCACCAGUUGGAUCCCGAAUUGCUUGAACAGGUCGGCCACGUCAGGGGUGGACAAGCCCCUGGUAAUUUGAAAGUCACCAGAAAAGGCGCUGCGUACAAGUCGUACCGAUCGCUGGGGGACACUAGUCUUCGCGAGAGAAGAACCACCACCAUGAGUAGCGGACCCCGUCCCGGUAGUGGAGGCGAUCCCUAUAGGCGCAGUGCACUUGGAUUCGGGAUUCACUCUACGGGACAUCGUCCUGGCUCUACAUCGUGGAGGGGACCUCCAAUGAGGGCCAAGAUGACCUCAGGCAAGUCCAUUGAUCGGAAGCCGGAUCAACUCGGUUGGAUGAAGGGCAUUACCAUGAGCAAGAAGAAACGACCGCAUAUUGAGCCUCCGCAAAGAAAGGACUCCAAAGAUUCAAGCAUGUUUGGCUCAACCUAUCAUGAUCAUUGGGAAGAACCAGAGACGCUCAACGAGGAGAUUGUCCGCCUUGACAACCGACUUCCCAACGUGAAUUGGGACAGUGUCGACAUGAAUACUCUCAUUGUUGAUGCUUCUCUCAAAGGUCCCUGGGGCCCAGAAGGUGAAACAAUAUACCUCAAAGUCAAGGUUGACGUGCCCCAUGGCUACCCCAAGUCCAAGGCGCCAAAGUUCAUCAUUGAGAAGACGGCACUGAUGUCGGAUCAAACUCACCAGAAGAUCGAGGCAGAAGUCAAUCAAGUUGCGUAUCAAUUUGCAAAGAAGAAGCGCAACUGUCUCGAAGUGGCUUUCAGUUAUCUCCUCGGAGAGACUGAUUUGUCCAGCAGUACAUCAUUCUUUAAAAAUGUUCGAGACUUGGAUGAUGAACUCGAUGCCAUGGCUGAUGAAAGCUCGAGCGAGGAUGAGGAUAACGAUAUACCUGCCGGGGGCUCGGCCAGCAUGUCACAAGAGCUGACUGCUAGUACCGAACUCGAUCGUGAUGCAGCACUUGCGCCUUUGAACAUCGGAAUUGUCCCCCCGGAGCCUCGCCUAUGCGGUGCUCGGUGGUCAAAUGACGGCCGAUUAGUGUGUUUCUUUCCAUCUAGGGAAGAGAGGGCCAAAGCUUUGUUUCUCACGUCCACUGAAGCCGCCAAGGAAAAACCCAAAGGAGAGCCCACGUUUGCUGGCUUUGGAAGACUGCAGCAAGAGUCUCCGGAACCUCGACAGAGACAUAUUGAUGGAUCUUCUGUGGCGGAUGAGCAAUCUGAUACAGAAGACGAUGAUUCCUCGAGUUCAAGUGAUUCCGAAAAUACCUACAUGCACAAGAUCAGCAUGUGGUACUUGCCAAACAAGCGAUUCCGAAAGACCUUUAGUGGGAGCUACUCCAUGCGCUCGAGUGGUGGUGGUACAGGCGUUGACACGGGGACUGGCACUGGCACCAGCAGGCGACGUAACGCACGGCCCCGGAAUGUGAUAUCCGUUUAUGAUUUCCGUGAUCUCUUACCAUCACGUCAGGACCUUGCUCGAGAAUAUGCCAUAUUUGGAGACGGCCCAGAAGUGUGUUACCACAACGCCAGAGUUGCUGCAAAGUAUGGCCGCCCUGAUUUAGCACAGGUUUGGGAGUAUGCUGCCUUGCUUCUCCGUAACGACGUGCCAUUGGAGCUCCUGGACCCAGCACAACGUAAGGAUUCGAUCCUCGUUGUUGCCAAGAACAUUGUCACUCGUUUCAAGGAUCAGCGGUCGAAGAAACCAGGCAAGUCUCUCACAGGCAGGGUAAAAUGGGGUCAUCAUCCACUCGGCAAAGAUGUCAUCAAGGACCUAUUUGACCAUUUCGAGGCAAUGGCAGACAUACAGAUGCUCGCUAUGCUGUCGUGCAUAUUUAGUGAAGCGGCAGCAGAGGACAGCGUCGCGUAUGCGGAAUCCCGUCUUACACAGCCAGAAACACCACUGCCCAUGAAAGCGCCGUCAUUCUCGCUUGAUUAUUUCCCUACGGAUGCGUCGUUGUGGCAUACAAGUCCAGCCUACCAGAGCUAUGCAACAUCAGCUGUAACGACGCCGGGUACUGUACACACACCUUCGCGGAUGCCAGGCUCAUGGGGAUCUCAGGAGAAUUACUGGCUCGGAGAUCCUGGAUCCAAUUCUUACUCUUGUGGAGAGACGCCCCCCAACAGGACUCCCAAAGACACGCUGUCCGAGCAUGAUGCCACACAGAGCCUGUCCACAUCACCUGAAAUCAGAAACUUGCGGCGUGGCAACAACUCCUUGGCACAGGGCUUUGCUUCCAGCUUCCCUCGGCCGUUUACGACAAGCACGGCCCCUUCCUCGCCGCCGACGCGCAAGCGGCCAAGCCCAGGAGAAAACUUCUUGGCCAACCUAACGCCAAAUGUUACCUGGGGCGGUAAUACGGUCAUAGCUCCUGUUUCCGAGCCCACCACCACUCGCAAUUCCAUCUCAGAUGAUGGGCAGAAAAGAGACGAAGAACAACCACUUGUAUGCACUUCUAUUUAUGUACAGAUGGAAGACCAAUCCCAGUUUGACGAUGACGGUUGGCUCUCGGUUCCCCUACUGGAGCCUCCGCGCGCUGCUGUUUACGAACACUACCGCCAUACAUAUGCCGAGUUGUUGUUCAUGUGGAGCCUACCUCUUCCUCGGCUCGAAAUACUGAAAUUCAAUGUCUUGAAGACAUCCACGCAGGCGAACAACUCGUCCCAGCUGGGUGCUCUCGACCAUGACAGCUUUCAUGAUUUCCAGAGUAAUGACAACUUGAGCCACACUACCCUUACUCUGACUCAAAAUGGAAGCAAAUCACCCAUUGCGCUUGGAAAGAAGGAGCACCUUCAAUCGAUUGUCAACUCGAGUCGCGGCCUCGACGUAGUGGGGCUAUGCCGUAUUCACGAAACACACCUCGAGCCUGUCAAGUCAAUCUAUGCUAAUGCAACUUCAGGAGGAGCAGCAGGGACUUGCGAACGCUGCAAACGUACACAAUUGCAGCUCAACUGCGUCUAUUGCCGCGAGCCUCUUGACGCAAUGUAUGUUGCUUGUUUCGGAUGUGGCUGUGCGAUGCACGACUCCUGCCUGGACGAGUGGCAUUCCUUUGGCGAAAUGGAAUGUCCAGCUGGAGACGAAUGCAAUUGCGUCGAACAAGCAUUCAGUGGCCAAGUGGAAUCCUGGGCCGUGCUACAAGGUGCACUCCGGCAAGGCAAAGUUCACCUGCAGCGCCCCUCGGAUGAGAGUGUACCUAGAACUCCAAACGGGCAGAAAACGGACUUUUCUGAAAAGAGCGACUGGGAGAGUAUAGCAAGUGGGUCUCAAUUACCGGCUGCCGAUGCUCAAGGCAAACCUGUCCUUGUGGGUGAUGGCCAGCUGCCUUUGAGCGCUGCCAGAAUCAGCCUCGGUAACCGUCUGAGAAAGUCGGCGGGGACUUGGGGCAGCACGGCCAGUCUAAGGAAGAAGUCCGGAAGUGUAUCAUCAACAUUAGGAAGAAAAUAG